GGUUCCGGUGGCUGCGGCCGCGGGCGGGCGGUGAGGCUGGGGCGAGCGCGCGUUUGGCACUCGGACUCGGCGCCUGUCCAUCGCCGCCCUCGGGGUGGCCGCAGCGCGGGGGCCUGUGCUGCCCCCCGACUCCCUUUCCCGGCGAUGAUGCGACCCGAGGGCGCGUCCGUCCCCCGCCGCCGCUGACCCGGGUCCCCCCACUCCAUGGCCGCCUCGGCGCCGCCCCCACCGGACAAGCUGGAGGGAGGUGGCGGCCCCGCACCGCCCCCUGCGCCGCCCAGCACCGGGAGGAAGCAGGGAAAGGCCGGUUUGCAAAUGAAGAGCCCAGAAAAGAAGCGAAGGAAGUCGAAUACUCAGGGCCCUGCGUACUCACAUCUGACGGAGUUUGCGCCACCCCCGACUCCCAUGGUGGACCACCUGGUUGCCUCCAACCCUUUUGAGGAUGACUUCGGAGCCCCUAAGGUGGGGGGCACAGCCCCUCCAUUCCUUGGCAGCCCUGUCCCUUUUGGAGGCUUCCGUGUACAGGGGGGCAUGGCAGGCCAGGUGCCCCCAGGCUACGGCACUGGGGGCGGAGGGGGUCCCCAGCCUCUUCGUCGACAGCCUCCCCCUUUCCCUCCCAACCCUAUGGGCCCUGCUUUCAACAUGCCCCCCCAGGGCCCGGGCUACCCACCGCCAGGCAACAUGAACUUUCCUGGCCAACCCUUCAACCAGCCUCUGGGUCAAAACUUUAGCCCUCCUGGUGGGCAGAUGAUGCCAGGCCCGGUGGGGGGGUUUGGCCCCAUGAUCUCACCUACCAUGGGACAACCUCCCAGAGGGGAUCUGGGUCCCCCAUCUCUCCCCCAACGCUUUGCCCAGCCAGGAGCGCCCUUUGGCCCCUCUCCUCUCCAGAGACCUGGCCAGGGGCUCCCCAGCCUGCCCCCCAACACGAGCCCCUUCCCUGGUCCGGACCCUGGUUUUCCUGGCCCUGGCGGUGAGGAUGGGGGAAAGCCCUUGAAUCCACCAGCUCCCACUGCUUUCCCCCAGGAGCCCCACUCAGGCUCCCCGGCUGCUGCUGUUAAUGGGAAUCAACCCAGUUUCCCCCCGAACAGCAGUGGGCGGGGUGGGGGCACUCCAGAUGCCAACAGCCUGGCACCCCCUGGGAAGCCAGGGGGUGGCUCAGGGCCCCAGCCGCCUCCAGGCCUGGUGUAUCCAUGCGGUGCCUGUCGCAGCGAGGUGAACGAUGACCAGGACGCCAUUCUGUGCGAGGCCUCCUGCCAGAAGUGGUUCCACCGCGAGUGCACGGGCAUGACAGAGAACGCCUACGGGCUGCUGACCACCGAGGCCUCUGCCGUCUGGGCCUGCGACCUCUGCCUCAAGACCAAGGAGAUCCAGUCUGUGUACAUCCGCGAGGGCAUGGGGCAGCUGGUGGCUGCCAACGAUGGGUGACGCCGGCCAGGUGGCCCAGGGAAGCCCAUACGUUCCUCCCUGCUCUUCCAGGGUGAUUGUCUCCCUGUCUGGCUCUUGGUCCUUGUUUCCACUGGCUUCCGAUCCCCCUGGAGCAGAAACACAGUGGCUCCUGGGGGCAUAAGAGGAACUGAGGUGGGCAGGCAGAAGAGCCCGCAUCGCUCAUUUUUCUGGGAACCUUCAUGUGGAGAUCUGGAGAGAUCCAGGAAACCAAAGCCCUGCCAAGCAGAGCCAUUUUUUGGUGGCUGUCUCUGGAGGCCCAGGGUUUGGCUGCAAGAGAAAAGAGGCUGGAGAAAGGUCUGGAGGGCAGGGGUGUCCCCUGUGCAGAUGAUGGAUGCCCCCAAAACCUGUGCCUAACACUCCUGUCGAGCCCCACAGCUCCAGCCUUAGCUUUUGGAGUCAAGUGUUAAAGGUUUCUGGCCAGAGGAGUUGGGGUCUCUUCCCAUCCCUGCCGUAGCCCUUCCAUGGGCUUUGGGAGACAGCUUUAGGGAGUAAAAGGGGGUGUCCCCCUUUUCCUACCCUCCCCUUGCCUCCUCCAAGACCUGCUCAACUCCCCCCUCAGAGAACCAAAUAGCUUGAAGAAGCAGGCGAGUUCUUGGCCGUGGCCGUUUCUUGGUGAUUUGGGGCUUCCAGACAGUAAGUAAGAUGCUGUCGGGACAUAUCUCCCUCAUACCAAAGUUACUGGUCCUGUCUCAGUCUCUCUCUUGCUUUUCUUCUCAUGACCAUAUUUUUGCCAAAAAUAGGGACAUAUGGUCUGACAGACCAGAGUAUUUGAAGUUUGGACAGUCCUGGAAGCCUGGACUCUGUUGCGCCCCCCGCCGUCUGUUGCACAUUAUUCUCUGCGCUGGUCUUUAACUCCUGGCGCCCUUACUGCCCCGCCUCCCUGGCUUGAGUGAAGGAAAGCUUGAAAGGGUGCAGAGCCCUUAUACCUCAUUUCUUCUCCCGAAACAAGGAUCCCUGUCACAGCCUGUGGGUGGGGGAAGCGGCGGGACCCUCAUGGCCGAGGUACUGAAAUGCAGCCCCAGCCGUGGGUGUUUCUUGCAGUUCUCUGUCCCUGCUGUUCUUUUUACCUUCUCGGGCCUUGUGAGCUAGCAGUUCUCUCAGCCAGAGUCCUGCCCUGGGCUUUAUUGGUUUGUAUUUUAUUUUUAAAGCACUGCCUGCCAGAGAUGGGCCUGGAGGUUGAUCAGGAGCCCCUCACAGCUGCUCCCCGUUACAGCUGGUGCACACAUUCCUCAAUGGGGUGGGGAAGGCCGGCCUGGGGUGUGGUCCCCUGGACCCUGGUCGACGGCAAAAUUCACCUGCCAGCCCAGGCAGAGCCAGCAGCCUUGGGCUGUGAGAGAAGGGAGCGCAGGGGCUCUGGGCUUCUCUCUUCUGGUGUCCCCCCCACUCUAAAA